AUGAAGAUCUCCUAUUUCCUCUCCAUCCCGGCCAUCAUAGCCUUCGCGGCUGCCGAGACAAUGGUCCUGCCCGCGCAUGAUCUGAACGUUGCUAGCGUCCCCAUCGUAUCCAACAUCGUCCCCGUCGCCGCCGCCGUUAUCUCCGCCGAGGACGCCCAGGCUGAAAUCGCUCACGACCAUGGUCGCCCAUCAAGCUCAGGCUUCACUGCCUGGUCCUCACCCGGACUGAAAGGUCACAAGCAGAGGACCAAAAAUACCCCUGGCUGCUACAAACUCGAUGGUGGGGCUGUCGGCAGUUUCGAGGGAGAUUCCAACACCCAAUAUGCCUUCUAUGGAGACCUUCGCUGCAGCCAGAAGAUGUUGUUUGCCUCCAACACCGCCCCUGUCCGCCGCAUUGAUCCCAUUAUCUACCCCCGCUCGGUUAAGAUGCUCAAGAGCGGUGGUGGCGAUGGCAACGUGAACAGAUAUUCCCUCAUUACCUGGUCUCGUCCCGACUUUGCUGGUGACAACGAGAAGUAUAGAGGUAUGGGUUGCAUCAACUUGGACGGAAGCGUCGUUAUGUCCUUCCAGGGUGAUCUCCACUACCGCUUCUACCCUGGUCCUCACUGCCAGGGUCCAAUGAUCCUCGAGUCCAGCGGUGGUAUGAGCUCACACAAGAGAAUGUACCCUCGUUCGGCUUUCAUCACCAGGUAG